ACAGUUUUGAACAUGAUUUUUGGUACCAAACUUAAAAGUUUAAAAAUGGGAUUUAAGUUUGGGAUUUGUUUGGUUUUUUAUUUUUAAGAAAUUGAAGUUUGAGGAGUGAUUGUAGAAAAAUAGUAUAGAAAGAAAGAAAAGGUUAAAAGGGUUAUUAAUUUGUUAAGUAUAUAAUUAUAAUUUUAAUUUUUAGGUGACGUAAAUAAUCCAAAUUGUUAGCACCGGAAGUCAAAGAAGAAAUUUGGAUCGGCAAAGCCUCCAAGUAGGACUGGUUUGGAGGCUUUUGGAAAUUUGGAUUCCACGGUGGGUCCUGAGGUUGAAAAUCCAUCCCUUCCCCUUUACAGAUACGAACGAACUCAUCUUCUUUCCUUUCCCCUCUCCAAUUCCUCCAUUUUCACUUCCCACCAUCAUUCCAUAAUUUCCUCUUCUUCAUGGGGAAGGGAGGAGGUUGUGUUCCCAGCAAGAAGAAGGUUCCUUCAUCUAUUGCCGACGCCGACGCCACCGAUGAUGUAAGGCCACGCGACACCGGAACAACACCCCCGAUCUCUGUUGAAGAAGAUCACACACAAAUUGCUUCAUCCGGCAAUGCCACUUCCGAAGUCUCUGUCUCCGCGUCGCAUCCAGUUGAGAAAUUGAAGAUAUUCAUCGUGUUUUACUCCAUGUAUGGUCAUGUCGAAAGCUUGGCGAAGAGGAUGAAGAAAGGGGUUGAUGGGGUUGAUGGUUUUGAGGGGAUUUUGUAUCGGGUGCCGGAAACCUUGCCGGUCGAGGUUCUCGACCAGAUGAAAGCGCCACCCAAGGACCCGUCUAUUCCCGAGAUUUCUGCUGCUGAAUUAGUGGCUGCCGAUGGCAUUUUGUUUGGCUUUCCCACUAGGUUUGGGUGUAUGGCAGCGCAAAUGAAGGCGUUCUUUGAUUCGACAGGGCAGCUCUGGAAGGAGCAGAAGCUUGCAGGGAAGCCUGCUGGGUUCUUUGUUAGCACAGGAACUCAAGGGGGCGGCCAAGAAACAACUGCAUGGACUGCAAUUACCCAGUUAGCACACCAUGGAAUGCUGUUUGUUCCCAUCGGCUACACUUUCGGUGCUGGUAUGUUUACGAUAGACACAAUACGAGGGGGGUCUCCUUAUGGUGCAGGAGCUUUUGCUGGUGAUGGCUCGAGACAGCCAAGUGAAACAGAGUUGGCGCUUGCAGAGCAUCAGGGCAAAUACAUGGCUGCUACAGUCAAAAAACUUUUCCCGGCUUGAUGAAAUGUCUUGUUUCUGUUUUUUCUUUCUUUAAAAAAAUGAAUUCAUUCAAAUUGCAGCGGCCCUGAUUUACGAUUGUUUCUUCCUUGUCCUGUCUCCAUUCAAAGUAUAGUUGUCUUGUGUUUGUUUGGUCAUUCUUUUUUACGUUACGUGAUUGUGCAAAAUAUACGAUGCCCUGUGUGGGAUUGUUUUUCUGUCGUCUCUGUACAUGGUUUAUGAUUCAUGGUUAUGGUGUUUGUUAAAUAAUGUUGUGAAAUGUGGAAAUUUUUCUUAUUAAA